AUGUCCACCCCGUUCGGGCCCAAGGAGGUCGUCUUGAUCAUGUCCUUAUGCAGGAUCCACUGCCCUGCCGAGAUCUCAGCCUGCUACAUGCAGCUGUGUCAGGGGUUUGACAGCAACAUGGCUGGCUAUACAGUCUUUCACGCGCUUGUGGGGACAUUUCUAAACUGUUUCGAUAUCCACCAGCUUGCAUGGCAGGAGUCCGAGUGGCCGCAGGCAAAGUACAUGCUGCACUUGGUGGUCAAAAGGAACAACCUUGGACUUUUGCCGAGCACGGUGGCCGCGCAACAAGGAAAUAUGAAUCUAUGCCUGCAACUGACAGAACUCAAGGCAGAGACGGCAAAGAGAGCGUCGAAUGCUGCCCUGAAGGCUCCGGAGAAGCGCUUGGAGGCUUCGGCGCACAAGAAGUUUGAGUUCAUGUUCAAGAUGCUCACCUCGGGGAACUCUGACCAUCUCGUGAUCCCCCUCACACACAUGCAGACAGCGUUGAUCGACGCGGCGCAGCUGGGCUAUCGGAACAUUGUGCGCAAGCUGCUGGAGAUUGGCGUGCCUGUUUCCAUCAGGGUUCGCCGCAACGAGACGGCGUUGCAUAUCUUUGCACACGCAGGAGAUGUGUCCAUCAUUAAGCUCCUCCUUGAACGCGGUGCCGAGGUCGAUGCUAAGGACCGGGUGGGAACACGCCUUUGCGCUGGGCUUUUUGGGCUGGGAGGUUUGAUACAGCCAGGAGUUGCUAUUGAAGGGGGCCAAGGUCAACGCACAGGACAAGUCGCCCAGAAUAGCCCUCUUUGGAGCCGCGGGAGGAGGUUAUGCUGA